AGAUUGACGGAUUUUGAGUUGGUUUUACGCAGAAUAUUUUGCGGGUUGUGAACAGUAAAAGCGAGGAUAUAGUGUGUCAUCUUGAUAAACUAACUCAUCAUUUGGAAUAUCUCAUAUUAAUGUUCAGUACCAGAGUCGCUUUCCUCUCAGAGCUCCCUGGAUGUUUCCGAACUGGGGGAAAGCUCUGAGCCGUUUCCGCCGCCAUUGCGGAUUUUGGACAGGAGAUCAGCCGUAGCCACUGCAAACCAUCGAUGCGGUGCGGGGAGCGCACUCUGAAGGGGGGAUACGCUCCACGUCUUUGCUGAUCCCAGCUUUCGGAAAACGCGAUCAACAACGCCGCAUAUUCUAUUGUUAAUCGUGCUCUUUCAUUUUUCACUGAUUGGCUCCGACCUACACAUACAGUGAGGAGGUCGUAGCUAGCGCGCUGCUACUGGCUAGCUAGCGAGCCGCACGGCUAGAUUUUCAGGACUCCGGAGAAGCUCAAGGAAAACGCCAUGGCUCAAAUCCUGCCUAUCCGCUUCCAGGAGCACCUGCAGCUCCAGAACCUGGGCAUCAACCCAGCCAACAUUGGAUUCAGCACUCUGACCAUGGAGUCUGACAAGUUCAUCUGCAUCAGGGAGAAAGUGGGUGAGCAGGCCCAGGUCGUCAUCAUAGAUCUGGGCGACCCCAACAAUCCCAUCCGCAGGCCCAUCUCUGCAGACAGCGCCAUCAUGAACCCUGCUAGCAAAGUUAUCGCCCUCAAAGCGGCCAAGACCCUGCAGAUCUUCAACAUUGAGAUGAAGAGCAAGAUGAAGGCUCACACUAUGACAGAUGACGUGACCUUCUGGAAAUGGAUAUCCCUCAACACUGUUGCCCUGGUCACAGACAACGCAGUCUACCAUUGGAGCAUGGAGGGGGACUCUCAGCCAAUCAAAGUCUUUGACCGUCACUCUAGCCUGGCUGGCUGCCAGAUCAUCAACUAUCGCACCGACGCAAAACAGAAGUGGCUGUUGCUCAUUGGCAUUUCAGCACAGCAAAAUCGUGUAGUCGGAGCCAUGCAGCUAUACUCAGUGGACAGGAAGGUGUCUCAGCCCAUUGAGGGCCAUGCCGCUGGCUUUGCACAGUUCAAGAUGGAGGGCAACACUGAAGAGUCAACUCUGUUCUGCUUUGCUGUGCGAGGACAGGCAGGAGGAAAACUGCAUAUCAUUGAAGUGGGUACUCCACCAACUGGGAACCAGCCAUUCCCAAAGAAAGCUGUCGAUGUUUUCUUUCCACCAGAAGCUCAGAAUGACUUCCCUGUCGCCAUGCAGAUCAGCUCAAAGCAAGAUGUUGUCUUUCUCAUCACCAAAUAUGGCUAUAUCCACCUGUACGACCUGGAGACUGGUACUUGCAUCUACAUGAACAGGAUCAGUGGGGAGACCAUCUUUGUCACUGCCCCCCACGAGCCCACUGCUGGUAUCAUAGGAGUCAACAGAAAAGGACAGGUGUUGUCGGUGUGCGUGGAGGAGGAAAACAUCAUUCCCUACAUUACCAAUGUGCUCCAGAACCCAGACCUGGCUCUUCGCAUGGCUGUCCGCAACAACCUUGCCGGUGCUGAGGAGCUGUUCGCCCGCAAGUUCAACACCCUCUUUGCAGCUGGGAAUUACUCAGAAGCUGCCAAGGUGGCAGCCAAUGCGCCCAAGGGUAUCCUGCGAACCCCAGACACUAUCCGCCGUUUUCAGAGUGUUCCAGCGCAACCAGGCCAAACCUCUCCUCUGCUCCAGUACUUUGGCAUCCUGUUGGACCAAGGCCAGCUUAAUAAGUUUGAGUCUCUGGAGCUGUGCAGACCUGUCCUCCAGCAGGGCCGCAAGCAGCUACUAGAGAAAUGGCUGAAAGAGGACAAGCUCGAGUGCUCUGAGGAGCUCGGAGACUUGGUGAAGUCUGUCGAUCCAACUCUUGCCCUCAGUGUCUACCUCAGAGCCAAUGUCCCCAAUAAGGUCAUUCAAUGCUUUGCUGAAACUGGUCAGUUCCAGAAGAUUGUCCUCUACGCGAAGAAGGUGGGCUACACUCCAGACUGGAUCUUCCUGCUGAGGAACGUAAUGCGGAUCAGUCCAGAGCAGGGACUUCAGUUCUCCCAGAUGCUGGUUCAGGAUGAAGAGCCACUUGCUGACAUUACACAGAUUGUUGACGUGUUCAUGGAGUACAACCUGAUCCAGCAGUGCACAUCCUUUCUACUAGAUGCCCUGAAGAACAACAGACCGAUGGAGGGACCACUGCAGACACGCCUGCUGGAAAUGAAUCUGGUCCAUGCACCACAGGUUGCAGACGCAAUCCUGGGCAAUCAGAUGUUCACCCACUACGAUCGUGCACAUGUGGCACAGCUGUGUGAGAAGGCCGGUCUCCUGCAGAGGGCACUGGAGCAUUAUACUGACCUGUAUGACAUAAAGCGUGCUGUGGUGCACACACAUCUUCUCAACCCAGAGUGGUUGGUGAAUUUCUUUGGUUCCUUAUCAGUGGAGGACUCUCUGGAGUGUCUUAGGGCCAUGCUGUCCGCAAACAUCCGCCAGAACCUGCAGAUAUGUGUGCAAGUGGCCUCCAAGUACCACGAGCAGCUCAGUACUCAGUCCCUCACUGAACUGUUUGAGUCAUUCAAGAGCUUUGAGGGUUUGUUCUACUUCUUGGGUUCCAUUGUGAACUUCAGCCAGGAUCCAGAGGUCCACUUCAAAUACAUCCAGGCUGCUUGUAAAACAGGCCAGAUUAAAGAAGUGGAGAGAAUCUGCAGAGAGAGUAACUGCUAUGAUCCUGAACGUGUGAAGAACUUUCUCAAGGAAGCCAAGCUGACUGAUCAGCUGCCUUUAAUCAUUGUGUGUGAUCGCUUUGACUUUGUCCAUGAUCUGGUGCUUUACCUGUACCGCAACAGCCUGCAGAAGUACAUAGAAAUCUAUGUGCAGAAGGUGAACCCAAGCCGUCUGCCAGUCGUCAUUGGAGGGUUACUGGAUGUAGACUGUGCCGAGGAUGUGAUUAAGAACCUUAUCAUGGUGGUGCGAGGACAGUUCUCCACAGAUGAACUGGUCGCUGAAGUGGAGAAAAGAAAUAGGCUGAAGCUGCUGCUACCUUGGUUGGAAGCUCGUAUUCAUGAAGGUUGCGAGGAGCCCGCUACCCACAAUGCUCUCGCCAAGAUCUACAUCGACAGCAACAACAACCCUGAGCGCUUCCUGAGGGAGAACCCCUACUACGACAGCUGUGUGGUCGGCAAGUACUGUGAGAAGAGGGACCCCCACCUGGCCUGUGUGGCCUAUGAAAGAGGACAGUGUGACCAGGAACUGAUUAAUGUGUGCAAUGAGAACUCUCUGUUCAAGAGUCUGUCCCGCUACCUGGUGCGCCGCAAGAAUCCUGAGUUGUGGGCGAGUGUGCUGCUGGAGACCAACAACUACAGAAGACCCCUUAUUGAUCAGGUAGUACAGACAGCCUUGUCAGAGACCCAGGAUCCAGAGGAGGUGUCUGUCACAGUCAAGGCAUUCAUGACCGCUGACCUUCCCAAUGAGCUUAUCGAGCUGCUGGAGAAGAUUGUCCUGGAUAACUCCGUCUUCAGUGAGCACAGAAACCUCCAGAACUUGCUCAUCCUGACUGCCAUCAAAGCUGAUCGGACACGUGUGAUGGAGUACAUCAACCGUCUGGACAACUACGAUGCCCCAGACAUCGCUAACAUCGCCAUAAGCAAUGAGCUCUUUGAGGAGGCCUUUGCUAUUUUCAGAAAAUUUGAUGUCAACACUUCCGCUGUGCAGGUUUUGAUUGAGCACAUCGGUAACCUAGACAGGGCUUAUGAGUUUGCUGAACGCUGCAAUGAGCCACCAGUGUGGAGUCAGCUGGCAAAGGCCCAGCUUCAGAAGGGCCUGGUCAAAGAAGCCAUAGACUCUUACAUCAAAGCUGAUGACCCCUCUGCUUAUAUGGAAGUGGGACAAGCUGCAGCACAAAGUGGGAACUGGGAGGACCUGGUGAAGUUCCUGCAGAUGGCCCGUAAGAAGGCCCGUGAGUCGUAUGUUGAAACAGAGUUGAUCUUUGCCCUGGCAAAGACCAACCGCCUGGCUGAGCUUGAGGAGUUCAUCAAUGGACCCAAUAAUGCUCACAUUCAGCAAGUGGGUGACCGCUGCUAUGAUGACAAGAUGUACGAUGCAGCUAAACUGCUUUAUAACAAUGUGUCCAACUUUGGCCGUCUGGCCUCUACUUUGGUCCACCUGGGAGAGUACCAGGCAGCUGUGGACGGAGCCCGAAAGGCCAACAGCACCCGUACCUGGAAGGAGGUGUGUUUUGCGUGUGUAGAUGGGAAGGAGUUCCGUCUCGCCCAAAUGUGUGGCUUACAUAUUGUUGUCCACGCCGAUGAACUGGAGGAACUCAUCAACUAUUACCAGGACCGUGGCUACUUUGAGGAGCUGAUCACCCUGCUGGAGGCCGCUCUCGGUCUGGAGCGUGCACACAUGGGUAUGUUCACAGAGCUCGCCAUCCUCUAUUCCAAAUUCAAGCCACAGAAGAUGAGGGAGCACUUGGAGCUCUUCUGGUCCCGUGUCAACAUUCCAAAGGUUCUCAGGGCAGCAGAGCAGGCCCACCUCUGGGCAGAGCUGGUUUUCCUCUAUGACAAGUACGAGGAGUACGACAAUGCCAUCAUCACCAUGAUGAACCACCCAGCUGAUGCCUGGAAGGAGGGCCAGUUCAAAGACAUUGUCACCAAGGUGGCCAAUGUGGAGCUAUACUACAAAGCCAUCCAUUUUUAUCUGGACUUCAAACCAUUGUUACUGAAUGACCUGCUCAUCGUCCUCUCGCCAAGACUGGACCACACACGCGCUGUCAACUUCUUCAGCAAGGUGAAGCAGCUGCCUCUGAUAAAACCUUACCUAAGGUCUGUCCAGAAUCACAACAACAAGUCAGUGAACGAGGCACUCAACAACCUCUUCAUCAUUGAGGAAGACUACGCGGCUCUGCGUACUUCCAUCGAUGCCUAUGACAACUUCGACAACAUCUCACUGGCGCAGGGCCUGGAGAAGCACGAGCUGAUAGAGUUCAGGAGGAUUGCAGCCUACCUUUUCAAGGGCAAUAACCGCUGGAAACAGAGCGUAGAGCUCUGCAAGAAGGACAAGCUCUACAAGGAUGCCAUGCAGUAUGCGUCAGAGUCCAAAGACACGGAGCUGGCGGAGGAACUCCUGGCUUGGUUCCUGAAUGAAGACAAGAAGGAGUGUUUUGCCGCCUGCCUUUUCACCUGCUAUGACCUCCUGCGGGCCGACGUGGUGCUUGAGACUGCCUGGCGACACAACAUCAUGGACUUCUCCAUGCCCUACUUCAUCCAGGUCAUGAGGGAGUAUCUGUCUAAGGUUGAUGCGAUAAAGGAAAAGGUCGACAAACUUGAAGCCUCCGAGUCCCUGAGGAAACAGGAGGAGCAGGCCACGGAGUCUCAGCCCAUUGUUUACGGCACACCCCAGCUCAUGCUCACAGCAGGGCCCAACGUGGCUGUUCCUCCCCAGCAGCCCUACGGCUACGGCUACACAGCAACACCAGGCUACGCCCAGCCGCCACAGCCCAACUUCGGUUAUGGCAUGUGAACACACAACACCCUCCUCCCAACCUUCACCCCCACCAUGACUUGACCCAUGACCUUCCCUCCACCUGUCCUUCUCUCUUUGUGUUCCCCACCAGCUUCCCAUGGUCUUCUACUCACAACAGGGGCCAAAAAGAAAGUUACAGCCCACUGUGGUUUUGAGUACUAUUUUUUUAUUCUGUUGUGUUAUCAGAAAUAACAUUUAACUGCAUCGAAGGACUUUUAUUUGUAUCGUUUUGAAAAGAAAAUUGGACCACAUGUCUCUUUGUUUUUUCACAUUCCAUAUUUAUGUCUGCUUAUUUACAAUGUUUCUUUUUCUUGUGUUUUAUGUUUACGUUAUUUUUGUAUUGGUUUAUGGUUUGUGCAGAAGUGGACUUGCUAAAGCUCAGCAACGAAACUUUGAAGUAGGUGGAGGAUUAUUGGAUUUUGCACUCGUGAAGAAUUUAACUCUUACUUUUGAUGUACUGAACAUGUGAACAGCUUACAUUGUCUCGUCUGUCUGUACUGCAUUUCAUCAUUGUAUAUUCUGAGGAAAAAUGGUUACAUAUAAUAUUUGAAAAUAUAUUGCCAUGUCACUGGCUAUAGCUAGCAACACUAAGUAAUGAUAGUAUAUUCUGCACAGGCGUGUAGCUUUAUGGAGGUGUGUGUGUGUGUGUGUGUGUGUGUGUGUGUGUGUGUGUGUGUGUGUGUGUGUGUGUGUGUGUGUGUGUGUGUGUGUGUGUGUGUGUGUGUGUGUGUGUGUGUGUGUGUGUGUGUGUGUGUGUGUGUGUGUGUGAGCUGAUGGUCUAAAUAAGAAUUUUAACUCCCUCUCAGCCUGUACUGGGCUGUACAAUCCACCCUCCUAGAUAGCUAGUUAGCUCUCCUUCAUUGGUUCCAUGUAUUUAGGUGACCUCUUGUGCCGUGUACAGUGCUUGUGUGAGACUGUGUCUGUGUAUGUGCAAGGACAGGACCACGGCUCCCAAUCCCCAGGGCCCUCCACCCUCAGCCCCUUAACCGUACCGUAUGUGUAUUUACUCUGAACCCUCCCUGUCGCUGAGGUCCGUGUAUGCCGGGUGUUGUGGUGUUUCCCUUGGUCACCAUUACUUUUGUUUUUAUUUUUUUGGUGUGUACAGAUGUGAACAUGACAAAUUAAAAACUUUUAGAUGGAGACCCCACCCAUCUGUCAUCCACCCACUCCCCCUGUCCUGUUUUCCUCCUGCUUUUAGUGCAAGAACAAACAUGGAGGCGGAAGACGACAGGCUGGUGGAACCUUUGUUCACCUUGGGACAGCCGGAUUAGAUCCAUGAACACUCCUAUAGGUUGUGUGUUUAGAUGGUUAUGAUGAAGACAUUAGAUCUCAGUCAAUCCAGUUCUCUGUUAAGAAUGGUCUGAAAUAAGAGCCUGUAUUUACCUUGAUGUACUAAACUUCCUUACAUGCUUUAAGCUGUGUGUAAAGUGUCAUCUUAACCCGAGCAUAAGUUAAAUUCCUUUCUGUUGUCAUGCAUAUUAAUAAUAAAAGGGGAUCUGUCAUUAAGUGAAAGAACAUGACUUAACUGAAAGGGAAAUACUAGAGUAAAUAAAAACAAAAAAAUUUA